GAAGUGAAGCUCGCGCACUUUCGGCCUUUUCCCCCGAGAACGGCGCCUUCUGACCAUGACGAGCCAGCAGCAGGGAGUUGAUCUGUCGCGAGAUCCCAAGUACAAUGUCAACUACACAGGCGCCGCCACCGAUGCCAGAACAAGUGAGCACACCACACCACACCGCAGCACACUCAGCCCAGCCCGGCACGCCACAGCCCAGACAAGGAAGCCACAGAAAGGAAGAAGAACCAGCAAGAAAGAGACGGCGCAGAGCAGAUGAGAUGGCACUCCUCCCAAGACGCCAUCGGCAAGGAGGGCGUGUAUGCAUUUGGCGAGCAAUGCUGUCCCUCUCUCUGGGUGUGUUGUGCAUUUAGAUGCCGAGCAGGCGCCGUUGAUGGAGGACAUCGGUCGGCGUGUGGGUCAGGAGGUGAUGGAUCAGACCAAACAGGGGCUGCAGGACUUGGGCACCAGGAUGCUCACCGAGGGCAGCAAGUGGUGGGAGGCCAACAGGAAGGAGUUGGAGGGUAAGCAAGUAAGGGAGCCGGUCUGGCCUCGGCACCCAGUGAGGACACAGGCAGGCAGGCAGGCAGGCAGGCCGCCCAGCCAGCCAGCCAGCCAGCCAGGGUCAGACAGGGGAGGGAGGGAGGGUAGAUAUCCGCUGUGUGGGUGAGUGAGUCAGCGGAGUGGGUCGGUGUGUCUGUCUGUGAUGAUAGUACUGGGCACUGAUCGCCUGCCUGCCUGAUACAGACAGAGCGGGAACGACAUGCUGCACACAAUACCAUAUACGCUGAGACAUCCACACACACAGAUGCGUUUCUUUGCAUCCUUCUGUAUAUACUGGGGUGGGCUCUUUCUCUUGCUUUGCCCGCCAUGCCAUUGGUGGUGAAUUGAUUGUGGUUGUCUCCCUCCCUGUGUGCGUCUGUCUGUGGCUCAUUCAUUCCUUCAGGUCCGAAACCCCUGCGCAUCUUCUGCUUCAUCGGUCAGUGCAGUGAGUGGUUCAGUGCAGUGAGUCCGUCCGUCCAUGGCCUUUCCCACGUGUGCGUGUGUGUGUGUGGUGUGUGUGUGGUGUGUGUGCGUGUGUGGCCAAACACAGGCGGUUUGCUGAUGUUCAUAACGUCGCUGCUGGGCAUGAUCAACCCCUUCGCUGCCGUAUUCAACGCCCCCAACUACAUACUCCAGACCUUCUUGGGGUACGCACGCACGCACGCCACAGGCCCACAGUCGAGCACCCACCCAUCUCACAUAGAUGGGGCGUGUCGUCACUCACCUUCUCUCUAUGUAUGUAUGUUGUGCGGUCAGUCUGUUUGGGUUCGUGACGAUGAUCCUGGAGGCGUCCAACAUCCCGUUCCUCGAGCGGCUGCGGCCCCACGUAGAGGAGUGGGCCAAAUUCCUCACAGUCAUCGGCGGAAAGGGACUCUUCUACAUGUUCCAGGGUCAGCUACACUGUGUCACACGCGCGGGCUGCCCACACACACGCACACACACCGCCGAUCUGUCUGUCUGUGUGUCAGGGUUCCUCGCGAUCUCUCUGUGGGGGCUUCUGGACGUCAUAGUGGGGGCAUACAUGGCCGGCCUGGGCCUUCUCUGCGUCGCAUGGCACUUCGGACUCGUCAAGAAAAUAUCCAGGGUGGGCUAGGCGACAAAACAACACACGCCACACAGCGCAUUCUGGCUGUGCAAUCUCUCCUCUGUGUGUGUGUGUGUGUGUGUGUGUGUGUGACGGAUGGUUUGUGUCGAUGUGGCCAGCGCCAACGGCAGCAGGCGGCCAACGACCCGUCGGCCUCUGGCCCCGGGAUGGCCACACAGCAGGGGACCGGCCCGGGGGGAUACGCCCCCAUGCCACAGGGCGGCGUGUGAUGUGAUCCACCCAUACACUACACGGGCGUAUUAGCCUCCCCGUCCUCUCUGUCCACCACUCACACACGGACAGACAGUCGGCGUACCUAAUUAGUUACCAAGACGGUUUCUUAGACACUUUUGGGGGAUGGAUGCUCUAGACUCUC